AUGGAUCCGGAAGAGGUCAAUCGAGCGCUUGGGCACUACCUCAACGAUGCCGAUUCGGGCGAGUUGGUCGUCGAGGACAGCACAACUGUGCAAGUGAGUUUUUUUCCGUUCCGCGAUCGGAUUUCAUCGCUUGACGAAAUUCGUUCAAGCCGAGAGAAAGAUUGUCUGGCGCGAUCGCGAUCGGCAAAUCGAAAGUUUUUCGAGUGAUAACGAAAGAAAGAGAGCGUGAUAACGGCCGAUUGAUUAUCACCUCGUGACUUAAACAACGAUCAAGCGAUCAAGUUGCGAACGUAGUUUUUGGCUGGGGGUUUUGCGAAUUUGGACCAGUGGGCCGGACUAUUUAUUUAGGAAUUAUGUGGAUGGCUGAAAAGAGACCGAAAGGGUUUUUUUUGCUCGAAUCCACACUGCACACUUCUUGGACAGUCGGGGAAUAGGGUAUCCGGUUUCUCACAGCCUCAAACUAAUAUGUACCGCAUCGAAUCGACAAGUAGCAUGUAUUCUAGUAAAGAACUCUAAACAAAGUUGGAUGAAUUAAAAAAAAAAGCAUCAGCAGAAACAUUUUGUGCGAGAACGGAAUGAAAAAUCGGAUGCGAACAAUGCUUUACAUCAUUCUAUUUCGAGAACAGUGGGGCUAGACAAGUCCUUUUUCGCGCAGUUCCAUUUCGAAAUCGCACCAACAAUAACCGUUUUUCAGGUAAAAAAUCCGGAAGCGCGAAAGACGGGCGACAAAAUCGAAGUGUUCUAUUCACGCAAGACGACAGUCGUCUCGCCGACCAAUUCAGAUGAUGAGGAGGCGGACUUUUGCUCCGACUCGGAACUUCUUCCCUCGUCGCAAGAGGGACAUCGCUCCAGAGCCACGUCGUUCCACGGAAGGGUUCGAGCUGGCAGCGACGACGAGACGGCCAACCCGAAGCACACUGUUCUCAGGUUCGGCAGGCUACGACUUCGUUCAAAAAGUUCCCAUUUUUAGCAACUUUACCGCACUCUUUAGAGGAGUCUUGCAGUAACUCUUCGUAUUUAACAUUCCGUUUUCAGAUAUCGCCGCAAAAAGGGCGGUCAGUGGCGAGAGGUGAACGUGCAAGGGACGCCCGACAAGCGGAAAGACGAUGAGGAUGAACUGGAGGUGGAUGUGAAGGAGGACCGGUCCGAGCAGACGGGCGUCGUCACGAAGACGUACGAGGCACGGUGGAAGGUGCUCAAGUACGAGCAUCUGCCCGAGUGGCUGCAGGAUAACGAGUUUCUAAGGUGAAUUCGGACACUUCACUCAUUUUCGAACAAUUCUCAACGUGUAUCGUUCAGACACGGCCACCGUCCGCCACUCCCCUCGUUCUCCGAAUGCUUCAAAAGUAUUCUGUCGCUGCACACGGAAACUGGAAACAUUUGGACGCAUCUCAUCGGAUGCGUCGCCUUCUUUCUUCUCGCCUGCUGGUUCCUCACGAGACCCGACAAUCACAUUCAGUUCCAGGAGAAGGUAUCGCGCUUUUUCUGCCACCGAGCAUUCUAUCGAAACGGCUUUUUUUCAAAAGAUUAAAGAAAAAAAUAAAAAUAAAUAUAUAUAUUAUAAAAAAAAUAAAAAAAAAUUGAAGUCUUCUUUUUUUCGAUAAAAUUGAAGUCUUCUUUCAGGUCGUCUUCUCGUUCUUCUUCGUCGGCGCCGUCCUCUGUCUCGGUCUCUCGUUCGCAUUCCACACGCUCUCAUGCCACUCGGUGAACGUCGUCAAACUGUUCUGCAAACUAGACUACAUGGGCAUAUCGCUGCUCAUCAUCGGCUCCUUCAUUCCCUGGAUCUACUACGGCUUCUACUGUCGUCGCGAGCCCAAAAUCACGUACAUCGCAAUGGUUUGCGUGCUCGGCAUCGGCGCUAUCGUCGUCUCGUUGUGGGACAAAUUCAGCGAAUCCAAGUUCCGGCCGAUCCGCGCGGCCGUCUUCGUCGGAAUGGGAUGCAGUGGUCAGUGAAAUUCAUUUAUCCGAUAGCUUGUCCCAUUUCAAAGCGCACAUGAGAGCCAGAUUUUUGAUUUCACGUCUUCAUUUUUAGAAACAAGCCGGGACUAGAAAAAAACAGUCUGUGGACGUGGAGUUUUCUAGUCCCGUAGAAAAACAAGCCGUGCCACGUAUUCAUUAAUUUCAGGCAUCGUGCCGACGGUGCACUACAUCAUAACAGACGGCGUCCGUUCGCUUUUCGAGGACAACUCGUUCCACUGGCUCCUGCUGAUGGCGUUUCUCUACUUGCUCGGCGCCCUGCUCUACGCCACGCGCACGCCCGAACGCUUCUUCCCCGGAAAGUGCGAUAUUUGGGUGAGUUGGAGGGAACCGCACGUGAGACGAUUUCAUUCGCAUCUUUUUAGUUCCAAUCUCAUCAGCUGUUCCACACGUGCGUCGUCGUCGCCGCCUUCGUCCACUACUACGGAAUUUCCGAAAUGGCGUUUGCUCGCCUCAACGAGCAGUGUCCGGCGUGA